AUACUCAGAAGCCAGCAUUGGCUGACGUCUGAAGUAACGUUAUUAAUAAAUGGCUAGGGGCUGUGCAUGCACAACAGAGAGGAUUAUACUGUUUUAACGAGAAAAAGCCACUAUGAGAGCGGUGCCCACAUGGAUAGAUAAAGUACAUGACCGCGACAAAGUAGAGCAAUGCAUUUAUGACCUCGCUUUCAAGCCAGACGGAACUCAACUCAUAGUAGCUGCAGGAAACCGAGUGCUGGUAUAUGACACGUCAGAUGGAACACUUAUACAACCCCUAAAAGGACACAAAGACACAGUUUACUGUGUGGCUUAUGCCAAAGAUGGGAAAAGAUUUGCUUCAGGAUCAGCGGACAAAAGCAUCAUCAUUUGGACUUCCAAACUUGAAGGCAUUUUGAAAUACACGCACAAUGACUCAAUUCAGUGUGUUGCUUAUAACCCGGUCACACACCAACUGGCAUCAUGCUCAUCUGGUGAUUUUGGCCUUUGGUCCCCAGAGCAGAAGUCUGUUUCCAAGCACAAAGUCAGCAGCAAGAUCACAUGCUGCGGGUGGACCAAUGAUGGGCAGUAUCUGGCCUUGGGGAUGAUGAAUGGGGUGGUGAGCAUCCGCAACAAAAAUGGGGAGGAGAAGGUGAAGAUUGAGCGCCCUGGAGGCUCCGCCUCUCCGAUCUGGUCCAUUGCCUGGAACCCUUCAAAGGACGAACACAAUGACAUCUUGGCUGUUGCAGACUGGGGUCAACGUCUGUCUUUUUAUCAGCUCAGUGGCAAGCAGAUUGGGAAGGACCGGGCUCUGAAUUAUGAUCCCUGCUGCGUCAGCUACUUCUCCAAGGGGGAGUACAUCAUUAUGGGUGGCUCUGACAAGCAAGCCUCUCUGUACACCAAAGACGGGGUUCGCUUGGGUACCGUUGGAGAGCAGAAUUCCUGGGUGUGGACCUGCAGGGUCAAACCUGACUCCAACUAUGUGGUGUUGGGGUGCCAGGAUGGGACUAUUGCCUUCUACCAGCUCAUCUUCAGCACUGUACACGGGCUCUACAAGGACCGCUACGCUUACAGAGACAGCAUGACUGAUGUCAUCGUGCAGCACCUCAUCACUGAGCAGAAGGUGAGGAUUAAGUGCAGAGAGCUGGUGAAGAAGAUCGCCAUCUACAGGAACCGCCUUGCAAUACAGCUGCCAGAGAAGAUCCUGAUAUACGAGCUCUAUUCGGAUGACUCCUCUGACAUGCACUACCGCGUGAAGGAGAAGAUCUGCAGGAGGUUUGAGUGCAACCUGCUGGUAGUCUGCUCGCAGCACAUCAUUCUGUGCCAGGAGAAGAGGCUGCAGUGUCUGUCCUUCACCAGCGUGAAGGAGAAGGAGUGGCUGAUGGAGUCUCUCAUCCGCUACAUCAAGGUGAUCGGCGGCCCACCCGGCAGGGAAGGGCUUCUGGUCGGCCUGAAGAACGGUGCUAUUCUGAAGAUCUUUGUGGACAACCCCUUUGCCAUCACCUUGCUGAAGCAGUCCACCUCCGUGCGCUGCCUGGACAUGAGCGCUUCCCGGAGUAAGCUGGCCGUGGUGGACGAGCACAACACCUGCCUGGUGUAUGACAUCCGCACCAAGGAGCUGCUCUUUCAGGAGCCCAACGCCAACAGUGUGGCCUGGAACACCCAGUGUGAGGACAUGCUGUGCUUCUCCGGCAGCGGUUACCUCAACAUCAAGGCCAGCAACUUCCCCGUGCACCAGCAGAAGCUGCAGGGCUUCGUGGUGGGCUACAACGGCUCCAAGAUCUUCUGCCUGCACGUGUACUCUAUGUCUGCUGUGGAGGUGCCCCAGUCGGCUCCCAUGUACCAGUACCUGGAGAGGAAGAUGUUCAGAGAGGCCUAUCAGAUUGCCUGCCUGGGAGUAACAGACAGUGACUGGAGGGACCUGGCCACAGAGGCGCUGGAGGGGCUGGAUUUCGACACAGCCAAAAAGGCGUUCAUCCGCGUUCGGGAUUUGCGCUAUCUGGAACUCAUAAACAGCAUUGAGGAGAGGAAGAAGCGGGGUGAGAGUAACAAUGAGCUGUUCCUGGCAGACGUGUUUGCCAACCAGGGGAAAUUCCAUGAGGCUGCCAAGCUCUACAAGAAAACUGGCAACGAACCCUGUGCCCUCAGCAUGUACACAGACCUGCGCAUGUUUGAGUAUGCCAAGGAGUUUCUGGGCUCUGCAGACCCCAAGGACACCAAGAUGCUGAUGAGCAAGCAGGCCGACUGGGCCAAGAACAUCAACGAGCCGCGAGCCGCGGCCGAAAUGUACCUGACAGCUGGGGAGCACCUGAAGGCCAUCGACAUCAUCGGGGACCACGGCUGGGUGGACAUGUUGAUUGACAUCGCGCGGAAACUGGACAAGGCAGAGCGGGAGCCGCUGGCCAAGUGCGCCUCCUACUUCAAGAAGCUGAAGCAUCACGGCUACGCAGCGGAAACCUACUCUAAGAUGGGCGACCUGCGAGCCCUGGUCCUUCUGCAUGUGGACGCCUGCCACUGGGAUGAGGCCUUCGAGUUGGUGGAGAAGCACACUCAGUUCAGGGAUGACGUCUACGUGCCCUAUGCCCAGUGGCUGGCUGAGAACGACCGCUUUGAGGAAGCACAGAAAGCAUUCCACAAAGCAGGCCGGCAGGGUGAGGCAGUCAAGGUGCUGGAGCAGCUGACCCACAAUGCAGUGGUGGAGAGCAGGUUCAAUGACGCGGCUUACUACUACUGGAUGCUGUCCAUGCAGUGUCUGGACAUCGCCCGAGAAGAUGAGAUGAAGAAAGAAGAGAUGCUGAAGAAGUUUCACAGCUUCCAGCACUUGGCUGAGCUUUACCACGUUUACCAUUCUGUUCAGCGUUACACGGAUGAACCUUUCAGUUCUCAUCUUCCAGAAACCCUCUUCAACAUCUCCAGGUUCCUCCUGCACAACCUCACCAAAGAUGUGCCACUAGGCAUCUCCAAAGUAAACACGCUGUACGCCCUGGCCAAGCAGAGCAAGGCCCUGGGCGCGUUCAAGCUGGCGCGCCACGCCUACGAGAAGCUGCAGGGCCUGCGCAUCCCUGCCUGCUUCCAGGAGUCCAUCGAGCUGGGCAGCCUGACCGUGCGCUCCAAGCCCUUCCACGACAGCGAGGACCUUGUUCCAAUGUGUUAUCGCUGCUCCACCAACAACCCCCUGCUGAACAACCAGGGCAAUGUGUGCAUCAACUGCAGGCAGCCCUUCAUCUUCUCAGCCUCCUCCUAUGAGGUCCUUCCCCUGGUGGAGUUCUAUCUGGAGGAGGGCAUCAGUGACGAGGAGGCGGUGUCGCUCAUUGACUUGGAGGUCCCGCCUGUGGACAGGAAAGGAGCCAGGUGGCAGGAGAUGAGCUCUGGAGAAUCCCAGUCCCUGAAGCUGGAUGACGGUGCAGAUGAUCCAGAAGAGGACCCCUUCAUGGCCAAGCUCAGCUUCGAGCAAGGCGGCUCUGAGUUUGUGCCGGUGGUGGUGAGCAGGGCGGUGCUGCGGUCCAUGAGCCGCCGGGACGUUCUGAUCAAGCGCUGGCCCAAACCCCUCAGCUGGCAGUACUACCGCUCCCUACUGCCCGACGUCAGCAUCACCAUGUGCCCCUCCUGCUUCCGGAUGUUUCACAGCGAGGACUACGAGCUCCUGGUCCUGCAGCACAACUGCUGUCCGUACUGCCGACGGCCCAUCGAUGAGACCGGCUGACCCGGCCGGCCCUGGCCAGGGCGGACCGCCGCUCCUCUCUGCUGCGUUAUUAUCUCCCCCUCCUCCCUGUCUCCUUCUCCCCCCACGCACUGGAGACCACUCCCCUGUGGCUGCUACGGUCCAUUACAACAGAACUGCUUUCAGCUGAUCAGCAUGAUAGGAUUAAAUGGAUCAGAUCUCUCAGGGCUUUUGCAAGAAGAUUACAUCAUUUUGGUUGUUGGCGGGGUGAAGGGUAGUUUUUUUUAUUACUGUUGUAUACUGUAUAAACAGCAUUUAAUAUCCAGUAUGUGAGAAAGACACUAUGAAAUAUUCAACAUUCCUUUGUAAAUGUACUCUUGUGUGCCUAUGAUCAACUUUAAUAUUGAAUAUGACCAAUAAUGGACCAGACUGUACCGAUUUUAGUCUUUGCCUUAUUUGUCAAUUGAUGUUUGUUGUGACUUAACCUUUUUUCAAAUGAUUACUGUAUAUAGAAAAAACAUUGAGCUGAAUUAGCUUCUCUAGAUAGAGCUUUGAAUGUGUAUUUUAUAAUUAAAUAUAUUACCUCUAUAGCA